CGGUUUCACGAGAAACGCCGUUUUCGUCCUCAGACGUCAAUCACAAACAUCAGGAAGCAAUUACCCACCAUCACCAUAAUAAAACUCCCAAAUGAGUCAUUCAAGGAUCAUUCCAGCGCUAGUUCAUUACUCACGAGACUGCCGUAUGCUUGAACGACAAAGAAGAGGGGAUUGAUUCUGUGGGUUUCACAGAGCUGUGCUGUCGAUGGCGUCAGAGGCGCUAAACACGGGGGGAUUCUCAGAAAACCAGUUCUGGGAAGUCAGACGAAGUGAACAAGCCAAACCCUGCAGUGUUCCGCUUCUUGUUCAGUUUUAGGACACGAGCUGAACGGAAACGCCGCUCGUUUUUGAGAACCAUGUCAGUGUUAUCUACUCGCGUAGUUUGUUAAACAAACCCGCAUAAGAGCUUAUAUGACCGUCGGCGACAGAGUCCCGCCGCUGUUCGACAACCUUCCUGCGCUUAAGAAAUAUCUCUGAACUGUUCGCCGUCGCUCGAGGAAGACCAGCUUGUUUUUGCAAGUCCGAGUAAAAACACCAGGAACAAAGAAAACUUUAAGGAAUCCGGCAAAAAUCAAACCAGACAUCUUCACAAUGAUUCUGUGCGUUCAAGGGCCUGCUCACUUGCAAGAUACCGCUGAUCCAAUGGUCAGGUUUCCGGUGGUGACUUUCUCCUCUCCUCGCUGCAUCCAUGCAACCGUUACCUUAUGGGACCCCAGCAAAGAUUUCAGAUCUAUCUCCAAUAAUUUCUCCUAUCUGGAUGCCUCAGGUUGGUACUGGGGUGCCAUCUCUGCCAGUGAGGCCCAUGCUGUCCUACAGGGGGCCUCGGAGGGUACUUUCCUAAUACGGGACAGCAGCCACCCUCUCUAUAUGUUGACACUGUCCGUUAAAACUGGUCGCGGGCCUACGAACGUUCGCAUCGAAUACAGUCUCGGCCGUUUCCGUCUGGACUCCAGUUCUCCGGCCAGAUCUCGUCUGCAGUCCUUCCCAGAUGUCCCCAGCCUCGUGCAGCACUACGUGGGCUCCAGGAACAAAGGGGAGGAGGAAAAGACCGAGGAGUCGGAUCACGUAACUUCGCUGGCCCCCAAGGAAUGUGCGGUGUUGCUAAAACUCAAACGGCCGAUGCAUCGUCCUCAAGCCUUUCCUUCUUUGCAACAUCUCACUCGCCUGGUAAUCAACAAACACACCACUUGCACAGAGAGCCUGCCUCUACCCAGACCGGUACUGCAGUAUCUUCAGGAUUACCCUUUCCAGCUCUGACAUUGCCGUGGAAAUGCACACCGAGGCCAAUCACGAGCUGGAUGCUGAUAUUUUGUAGCCGGCAAGUUAAAUACACGGUCCCUAUCAGAGGUUUGGGUCAAAAA